AAUACCAACUAAACUUCAGAUUUCUUCCACUGUUAUAUCUUUUUUUUAAAUUGCAUCCAAUUCCCUCCCCUCUCAAGCCUUUCCUAUUUUUUCUUCCUUCUCUCUCAUUUUUCAGGCAAAACUACGGAGCAUCGCAAGAACACGAGCUGUGACAACACGCGACCAUUGAUGAAAUGAAGCUGGCUGGGAAGACAAUUGACUGGUUCUUUUAGACCAAGAAGCUCAGUGGUAUCAAUCGAGCGUCAAAGAAGGCGAUCUUUGAGGCUGUGACAGGUUUGGGAGAGGAGCUGUUACUGUAACUGGUAAGGGUUUUGAAUUGGGGUUCCUAGAUAAAAGAAGUGUUGCUUGUUUGGUCAUGGAUUACUCUGAUCAGGGUUCGAUUUUGAUGAACAUUGUCGAUGAUGGUUCGACAAACUAUGGAUACUAUCCCAGAUUAAAUUUCAAUUGUGUUAACAUGUUGAGAUUUGUGAAUCUUGGAUCGUUCCUUUCAGUGUUGGGGGAAUUGGGUUCUGUGUCGUUUGAUAAUUUGCAUACUGGUUCAGCCAGAGCCAAGUUGUUGGAUUUGUUGGAGUCUCAAUUCUCGUUCAAACCGAAUACUAGGUUCCCCUCGUCGGAAUUGUAUGUGUGUCUGGACAGAGGUCCGGUCCUUGGAGAGAUCGCGAUCAUGUUGCGUGUACUAGCAACUCCAAGUCGUUUGAUGACGGAGAGUUCAAUAAAAGAGUAUUUCUCUUCGGUGGAAAGGUCAGUACUGUGUGUUACUUAGCUGGAACAGCCUGUGGAACCCAGAGUCAUGUUUAAUCGAAAGGUGUUUGAACAAGAAUUCAAACUUGGUUGGAAGCCUGAUCGGGGAGACAAUAGCCCAGUUUACAUAUAAGAUGACAUGGUAUCACCAACUAAUAAUAAUAAUAAUAAACUGUC